AUGACUUGGAGGGGAAUUUAUUUAAAGGCUUCAGGUUCCAACCCAGAAUACGAGUUUGUAGAACCUUAUACAGCAUCUGUAAUCUUCUUCUUGAUAACAGCGUCUACUGGUAUUCUUCUACGAGGAUUAACCAAAUUUGUAGUUCCAAGGAAAUUCCAGGAAUAUUUAUUGGAUUUUAUAACGACAAUGGAGGCUUGUGCCUAUUUUUUCGAAAACAAUUUUGUAUUUAAGUACUACGGAAGUGUUUGGUUUGGUGUUUGUGUAAUGAUCCAACUUUUUGUGUGCGCAAGAACCUUUCAAGGAUCUUCAGAAAAUCCAGUUCAAGCUCUCCAGGCACUAGUUCAAGGACAAAUUGGGUAUAUCAAAGCAGGAAUUAAGAUAUUUAUUCAGAGUCUUGCCGGUCUUGCUUCUUACCGUCUUGCAAAGAUGAUCUGGUCGCUGGAUUUGAUCUCAGACCAUCACGAGAGAUAUUACGAGACCUCAUGUGUAUCGGAUCUACAGGUUACUUUGAUCUUAGGAUUCCUGAUUGAAAUGGGAGCCUCCUUGUCCGACUGUUGGCUAGGAAUGCAGACGGUUACCAAUAUGUCCCUCCUCAAUGAAUUGAUAAAAAACCUCAAUGGGAGUCUUAUGAUUAUCAUAGGUAAGUUCAUUGACCUAGAUAACAUAAUUUUAAUUUCAGGUUUGAGCUCAACAGGGAUGUAUUUCAAUCCGGCAAUGGCGCUCGGUCACAUGCUUGGAUGUCAGGGAACCAAAGCUUGGGAACACUUUAUAGUGUAUUGGUUUGGACCAUUCCUGGGUGGCGUAGCAGCGUUAUACAUGGAUAAAGGUAUGCAUAUCGAUGUAAAACUUGCUACUGAAACGAAGAAGAAACAACAGUAA